GCAGACUCAGUGGGUGUGAACUCCGGCCAUGUGCUCUGUUCAACACAAGAGGGAUAAUCUCAGAAGCUGACCAAGCAGCAAACAAACUCCGACCGUCACUCUGCUGCUGCUGCUGCUGCUGCUGCUGCCGCUAUUACCACAGAUCUGGUGAGCAGAGCAUCUUAUCAGCACAUCAGCUAGCAGGCAACCCUGCUUCAGCACUACACCGGAUUCUUGUCAAGAAACACGACAGAAAAAAAAUGGCCAAAAUGCGUGCCUCAAACUAGGCAAAACAAACUGGAUUUUAACCCAUUUGAGGGUCCAAAUACGAGAGAAAUUAUGGAAAGAGAGACAGCAAAAAAGGAACGAUGCAAAACACCAGUCUCAGACAGCACAGCAUUCUACAUCACAAGGAAACGACGAUGAAAUAACCAGAUAUAGCGGCAACAUCGAGGAUAACAGAAACUUCUCAGCUCUUGCCCCUUGUUGUUGCUGGUGAUGAUGGCGUAUAGAUGCAAACAACUCGUGCCCACCUCUGGAGUCUGGAUGGAUUGUAGUAAGGAGCUCGGAGUUGCCGUUUAUUAAAAUGAACUGGCACUUCUGCAUAAUGCUUUACUUCUUCCUCGUAAGGACUACAGACUGAACUACCUCCAAGGGUUUUUUUUUUUUUUUUUUUAAUCUGUGGUGGAGCAGCAGCCUAGAAACAGUAAAGCUGGGCUAUUAUGUGCCAGAUUGAAGGGACCAAAUGCAGCUUCCUGUUGUGUCUGGGGAUGAGUAUUAUUAUCUGUUCAGUUAUUUACUUGAGGACUAGGGCGCCGACAGAGCCCAAACCUCUGGAGACCGCAAGUUUCAGGGCCCUCUCCGGUGAAUUUAAAGCUUUUCUGCCUGGCUUGGACAGAGGAUUUAAGUGGCACCGACACGACAGCCAAGCUGAACAGUUGAUUCUUAACAGUGGCCUGCAGUGUUCUGAUCUGACCAGACACUUACACUUCAUCACAAAACCUCUGAGCCAUGAGGAGGUGGACUAUCCUUUAGCCUUUAUUUUGACUGUACACAAGGAGCUGGGGCUUCUUGUGCGCCUGUUGCGGGCUAUAUACAUGCCCCAAAAUGUCUACUGCAUCCAUGUGGAUGCUAAGGCUCCGCUGGAGUACCAGGAAGCGGUACGGAGACUAGUCAGCUGCUUUAAAAACGCAUUCCUCUCAAGCCGCAGCGAGACAGUGACCUACGCUGGGUUUUCCCGCCUGCAAGCAGAUUUGAACUGCAUGACAGAUCUAGCAAAGUCCAAGAUAGGCUGGAGAAAGGUGGUGAAUCUGUGUGGACAGGAUUUUCCUAUAAUGAGUAACCUGGAGCUGGUGCGGUACAUGCAGAGCAAAGAGUGGAGGGACAUAAACAUGACGCCAGGGGUGAAGCAGCCGAUGUCUAUGAGACACAGGACGCAGCUCCAGCACCGGGAGAUCACGGGGUCACAUGUAGUACGGAAAGGUCAGAGUUUUAAGAAAGGUCCUCCUCCACACAGGCUGCAGAUUUAUUUUGGAACAGCCUACUAUGCCCUCACAAGGGCGUUUGUAGACUUUGUUCUGAAAAGCCCGAUAGCCAAAGACUUCUUGGAGUGGUCCAAAGACACGUUCAGUCCAGACGAGCACUACUGGGUGACGCUCAAUCACAUCAAAGACGCUCCAGGCAGCCACAUAGACGGAGGUUGGGCAGGAAACAUCCGAGCAAUCAAGUGGAGGGAUCAAGAGGGAAGGACACACAAUGGCUGCAAAGGACGUUAUGCACGAGACAUCUGUGUCUUUGGAGUGGACGAUCUGUCGUGGAUCAUCAACAAGAAAAGCAUGUUUGCCAAUAAGUUUGAGAGCAAAACGUUUCCCGAGGCUCUGGACUGCCUGGAGAAGUGGCACAGGAACAAGGUGUUAAACCAGGCAACUGUUCCCAUAGAGCCAUCAUGGCUGCUUACCACACAGAGCAACUCAAGCACGGAAUAUUACAACAGCAGUGCUGGAGCAUGAAGACGAUGUUGGGAUCAUAAACAAAUGGCUCGCAACAGACAAAUCAGAUUAUUUGCACUCGAUCAGUGGCUGUUGUAAAGUGUGAGAUAGGAAAAAAACUGCACUGAGAGCAGCGGGAUGAUUCCUGCUGACAGGUUAUUGUUAAAAGAUGUGUUUGUCCAUUAUAAAACUGUAAGAUGGCUGUGCAAGACUGUGUAGGCUACUAAGACUUACGCAAUCCAGUUAAAGCUAAAGAAUGAAGAUUCCCAAUAAACAAACUAAUAGUUGAACCUAUUACACUACGCUAGGUAUAACAUAACCAACUGAACAUGUAUUUAAUGUUGUUUAACUUUGUUAACAUUUUGUAUUGUUUUACUUAAUAAUGUCAAUGCCCUUUAAUGAAAUUGCAUAAAUAAAGACAAUGACACUAGAAUAAACCACCAAUGUUUAUGCCUCUG